AUAGAACCUGUUUGAUCUGAACGGUUCAUCGUGUUGAUACACCCCCUCGCUAUCUGCUGCCGUUUUCCGACGUCGCAGGCCGCAGAAAGACUUAUCCUGUUUCGUCCGACAGUUCCAUUUGAUAUAGAGAUACUGAUUUGUUAACAUUUAUUAACACUUGAUAAUAUCUUUCCGCCUUAUUUGACUUGUAACCGAUCCCGAUAUCUGAUACUUGUUGGAAGUCCUUGAUCAUAUCAACCUAUGCUCUGAUACUAUCGUAUACUUAUCAUCAUAUAAAUCUGAUUCUAACAUAUAUUAUCAUUUUUUGUCUUGAUACUUAGUCUGACAUCGUUUUCACCAGACAACCACAACUCGUCAUAUACUUGUCUUCGAUACUAUCAUAGAUCACACAAUCUACUACCUGGAUCUAUCACAGUAUAUUCAACAGAUCACUUGAUACUAUCCUAGUUACUGCUAUUUUAGUGAUAAAGUGAUACUAUCAUAGUUUAGUAAAGCCAUCUGAUACUUGUUAUCAUAGCUGAUACUUAUCAGAAAAGCCCCCAACUGUUUCCAUCAUAUCUGCCUCAAUUCAGCUGCUGAGCAUGGACUUGAGAGUCGGCAAGAAGUACCGGAUCGGUCGUAAGAUCGGAUCGGGCUCCUUCGGAGACAUCUACUUGGGCACAAACAUCAUUUCCGGCGAAGAAGUAGCCAUCAAGUUGGAAAAUACAAAAGCCAAACAUCCACAGCUUGAAUACGAAGCCAAAGUGUACAAGGCUCUUAGUGGAGGAGUAGGUAUCCCGUUUGUCAGAUGGUACGGCACGGAGUGUGACUAUAAUGCCAUGGUGAUUGACUUGUUGGGUCCAUCGUUAGAGGAUUUGUUCAACUACUGUAACCGUAAAUUCACGUACAAGACCGUUCUUUUGCUUGCAGACCAGUUGAUCUGCCGUAUUGAGUACAUCCACGCCAGAUGCUUCAUCCACCGUGAUAUCAAACCCGACAACUUCUUGAUGGGAAUUGGAAGAAGAGGCUCUCAAGUGAAUGUGAUUGAUUUUGGCCUUGCCAAGAAGUACAGAGAUCCCAGAACUCACUUGCACAUCCCCUACAGGGAAAACAAGAAUUUGACUGGUACGGCCAGAUACGCUUCUGUUAAUACACAUUUGGGCAUUGAGCAGUCAAGAAGAGACGACUUGGAGUCCUUGGGAUAUGUCUUAAUAUAUUUCUGUCGUGGCUCUUUGCCAUGGCAAGGCUUGAAGGCUGCUACCAAGAGACAGAAGUACGACAGAAUUAUGGAGAAGAAAAUGACGACUCCAAACAACAUUUUGACUAAGGGAUUACCCUCAGAGUUUUUGGAUUACAUGAACUACAUCAAGACGUUGAGAUUCGACGACAAGCCUGACUACCCUUACUUAAGAAAGUUGUUCCGCGACUUGUUCAAGCGUGAGAACUACCGUUACGACUAUGUUUUCGACUGGACGUUGUACAAGUUCCAGCAAGAGAAGCAGAGAAAUCUGGGAAAGAUCACUGACGCUGAACAAGACCAAAACCAGAAUCCAAGCCAGAACCAAAAUCAACAAAACCCAACUUCACAGCUUCCACAAUCUCAGCCACAGCAACAAAUCGCAUCCCCACAACAACAGCAACAACCUCAAUCACAACAACAAGCACAACCACAGGAUCAACAACUCACUCCUCAGCAGCGUUUGGGCUUACAGAAGAGAGCAUUAGCAUUGCAGCAGCAGCAGGCCCAACACCAGCAAGCUUCGUACAAUGCCACACGCAAUAACAUUGGCUCUCCUUAUGACCAGGAUAAAGCCAAGAUCGCCCCUCAGCAGGGAGGAAACCCAGCAUGGCUUUAAACCCAGUAGAAUCUAUAUACUUCUUUUAUGUUUCGUUUGUUUCUGGCAAUUGAAUUCUGUCUAAUAAUCAUAAUAUUGUUAGCUUCUGGUCUUCCGUUUGCUUCAAGUCUUGGGAGUUUUGUAAUGCAUAAUAGUUCG